CCGCCGCCAGCCACCACAGGCACCCUCUGACACACAGUCGAAGCUCGCGAGACCAACGCCAAGCGGAGGCCGCCUCCGACGAAUCCGUCCAUGGGGAAGCGCGGGGGCUCUUCCCGCCGUGCGACAGCGACAGCACCGCGCGCGUCCUCCACCGCCGCCGGCCCCGACGCGUCCGGUCCGGCCUCCGAUGGCUCCAAUCCGGGUGCCACCACCGGUGGGAGGAAGCGGAAGGCCGCCGCGGCCCCUCGGAAGCCUCGGAAGGCACAGGUUCAGGAUCACAGAACAUAUCACAUCGAGGUGUACUACGGGCACAGAAGAAGAAACACCAAAGAGUUUUUUUUUUAUGAGAGGAGAAGAUUUGAAUGCAUGCAGCCACAUAGUGGCGGAGCUGCCGCAGCCGUGGCCGAUGACAUUGGUGGAUGUGAAGCUCUGGAUCUUGAAACUGUUCCGGCUUCAUCCAGAGACACAAGAUCUCCAUAUCACAGGUCUUUUCAAAGAAUACUGCUACGAUGCGUUCUCCAGUUUAUUCAUUGAGGAAGAUCCAGAAUGGUAUUUCGAAGCGAUGGACUGGGAGACCCGGGUUUUAUUUACCGACAAGUGUUGGACUUCCUUUGUCAAUAAAAUGAAGAGAAAAUAUGCGAUUCAGAAGCUCGUGUUGUAUGCGGACUCCUCUGAACUCAAGCACUAUGAUGUUCUGCUCAAAGCAGUACCUGAUGGUUACUCCCAACUGGCAACGGUUGUGCUGCCAAAUGAUGAUGAGAAUCUGUGGCACUAUCUAGAAGACCACGAGCUAACAAUGACACUGAAGGAAAUCACAGCAGAAUGUGCUGGCAAGUAUGGCAAGCAGGUCAGUCUCCCUGAGGUAUGGAGGGCAAAACAGAAAACGUUGGAAUUCAGAUUUGGUACGUAUUAUGAUUCAUACAACUAUGUCCCAAGGUUGCUUAAGGACAUAGUACGUUCAAACCCAGGUAGUUUUCUUGACAUCAAGGAUACAGAGGUUGUGGGGUGCAAGGAUUUCCGAGUCCUCAACUGUAUAUUUUGGGCACUUGCACAGUGUAUACAUGCCUUCAGUUACUGUCGCCCUGUGCUUUGUGUUAAGGGCAAACCACUAUAUGGGAGAUAUCAAGGGGUUCUGUUGACUUCCCUUGCGUUAGACGUUAAUGAUUGCCUUGUUCCAGUAUUAUUUGCUAUUGCUGAGAGUGAGACAAAGGAAAGCUGGCUUUGGUUUCUUAGGAAUGUGAAGCGAUCAGUUGUGAAGGAGCGCCCUGGUGUCUGCAUUAUCCAUGACUGUAAAGUGGAGUUGGUAAAUGCUGUAGAUGAUAUUCAGAAUAACCCUGAUGAACCACAUCCAUGGAGGGAUGUACGGAGCCGGUGGUGUAUGCUACACCUUGCUGAAAACUUCUUGGCAUAUUUUAGUGACAAGAAGCUGGUGAUGAUGUUCGAGAGGCUUUGCCAGCAGAUGCAACCAAGUAAGUUUGCUGACAUCUGGAAGGAGCUAGAUGAGUUGACAUCAAAAUAUAUGACAGAGAAAGAAAGCAAUACAAGUCAGGAAAUGCAGCAGGGGUCAGGCGAGCAUGAUGAGGCAGAACUUAAGGAACCAUGCAGCCAACUGAAAUCAGUGCAGGAUGGGGAAGAAUGAAAUCACGGAGAUGACAGCCAAAGGAAGAUAACAAAGUUUUCUGAUUGGAUCCAUCUGAAACCGAAGGAAAAGUGGUCACUGCUGCAUGACACAAAUAGUGCUAGGUAUGGCAUCAUGGGCACUGAUAUAUCUGAUAUAUAUAAGCAUAGCCAUGUAUUCAAAGGGGUACAGUGCUUUCCACUCUGUGCCAUAGUGGAGGUGACAUUCAAGCGCAUUAUAGAGUACUUCAAAAACACAAGUGCUGCAGCAAACAAAGCAAUCAAGGACCCAGCAAUGAAGUUCCCUCAACGUGUCCAGGAUGAGAUGAAUCUCAAAAUGCAGAAGGCCCAGGUGCAUCAGGUGAUCUGCAUGAAAGCAAAGGGCAACAAUGUUAUAUUGGGGGAUGAUGUUAAAAAGUUUGUGGUUCGGUCAGGGAAGAAGUGUGUAGCUGUUCACAUUUAUUCAAAAUCUAGUGGUAACUUGAAUAAGUUUGGAGCGAGGACAAUCAGAAAAUGUGCUGCAUGUUCAUGCAACAAGAUGAAGCUUCUUCGCAGACCAUGCUCUCAUGUCGUGGCCGUCUGCUGUCAAAUUGGAGUUAGCACUUCUACAUACAUGUCCCCGUAUUACAGCCUAUCCUAUCUAGGUAAUACUUGGAGUGGAAAAUUCAACGUAGCUGAUAAUUUGUUCAUCAGGUACAGAAAUUCCAUUCAGUUUGGCUGGGAGAAGGAGACGCCAACUUGGAUCCCAGACAAAAAGCUGGAGUGUGGCUUUCCUGGUUCUCUAACAUCAGACUGCACACAAACUGCCACAGAAGAGGAAGAACAAGAGUGAAGCAUCUGCAGUUGAUUAAUUCGAGACAAUCAAUGAACCGAAGAAUACUCAGAAAGAUUGAACAUUUAUGCUCUUCCGUCAACUUAAUCUUAUGUGUACUCUAAAUAUGCAGUACCUUUUGAGUUUAAGUCAUCCUAGUUAAAACUGAACUUUUUAUC